AUGAAUGUGACAGGUCGAGGUGGUGGCUUCCAGAGCAAUUAUGGUCCUCCUGCGCAGGUUCUAGAAAUCGGCACCUUCAUGCACCCAUCCGAGGGCGAAAUGGUGUGCGAGUCGACGAAUCCCAAGAUUCCUUAUUUCAACGCCCCCGUCUACCUCGAGAACAAGACGACCAUCGGCAAGGUGGACGAGAUCCUCGGCCCCAUCAACCAAGUCUACUUCACAAUCAAGCCGCAAGAAGGCAUCCAGGCUACUUCGUUCAAGGCCGGUGACAAGUUCUAUAUAGGUGGCGACAAGCUACUGCCAUUAGAAAAGUUCCUCCCCAAACCAAAGGGACCACCCGGCGCCAGCAAGGUCAAGAAGCCCGGACUACAGGGACGAGGAGGUGCACGAGGCGGCGGUCGGGGUGCUCCGCGAGGCUUUGGCGGUCGAGGUGCACCGAGAGGCUUUGGCGGUCGGGGUGCUCCGAGGGGCGGUGGCCGAGGCGGCUCCUUCGGUGGUCGAGGUGGAAGCUCCUUUGGUGGCCGAGGCGGCGGUCGGGGCGCCCCUCGAGGACGCGGCCGUGGCUACUAA